UUGUAUUUUUUUCAUAAAUUCCUCAGACCACCUUUUUUCUUAAAUUUAGGGUAUCGUGCGAUUGCAACACCCUCAGAACUGCACGGAUUUUGGACAGUGUUCAAGAAAUUCGGUUCUGGAAAGGUGAAAUGGGCUCGCUUGUUUGAGCCGUCAAUUAAACUAGCCAUGAAUGGUUUUCCUGUGUCCAGUAACCUAGCCAUGCAACUCACUGAUAAGGAGGCCCUCAUACGAGCAGAACCGACAAUGACUUUACUCAACGAAGUAGCGUCAAGCAAAUCCGUCGGGUACGAAGUUCUGUAG